CAUCCGCAGAGUCUCAAAAUUAUACAAGUAAUGCAACGCAUACAUCGUCACUCGUUCGGCAUCCGAAAGUAGUCCCUCAGCAGCAAUGGGCCUUCACCCAUCAGGAUUGUAACUCGACCUUCAUUUCGCGAGGCUGCGAGCUCCUUCCUGCACUCCGAGAGUAGGCCGUUGGUGAAAGCGUCAUCAAUGAACACGAGUUCCUGGAGUUUGGGUACGAUAAGAUGACUGAGGAUUUCCGGAUGGGAGACCUAUAUGUGUGUCAGUGAAGAAAACCGGAUUAGAAUAUGCUCCGAAGGUGUUCGAAUUUCCCGUGGGACGACGGACAGUUUUGCGCUCGUCAGCAACUCCAGCUGCGGUAAAAUCGCUGCGUGGUCAACCCAGAGAGCGUAGUUUCGUAGCGAGUCAACUGGCGAUACGCAAGAGAGAUAUCGUCAGAUCGUAUCGUAGUCGGCGAUCGAAGGUGCAGCCGGG